AUGGGAAAACAGGAGCUCCACAUCGGAAUCGUUGGCGGUGGCAUUGGCGGUGUGAUGGCCGCCAUCGCCAUUGCCAGAGCCGGGGGCAAUGUUACUGUACUCGAAGCAGCGACGCAACUCGGGGAGAUCGGAGCAGGCAUACAGAUGACACCGAAUGUAUCUCGUCUACUCAUACGAUAUGGCAUCGACAAAGCCAUUGGAGAUGAUCUCGUCCAAUUUAAGGAGCUCAACUUACGACGGCAAGACGGCACGAAGACGGGGUACACUUUGAUCAACCGCGUCGAAGAGGCAUUAGGAUUCCCUUGGUGGCUGGUCCAUCGCCAUCACUUGCAUGAAGGUCUUGUCAAGAUCGCUCGCAGCAACGGGGUGAACCUGUUGAUUGAUAGCAGAGUAUCGGACUUCAAACAGCAAGCCAACGGUAAGGUGCUUGUCACGACGCAUUCGGGAAAGUCGUACGUGUUUGAUCUGGUUGUCGGCGCUGAUGGAGUACAAUCCAUCACCCGAAAACAAAUGCUUCCCAAGGUCAAGCCAAAGGCCCCGUCCGGGAACGCAGCCUAUAGGGCCAUAGUACCAUACGAUGAGAUCAGGAAAGAUCCCUUGACUAGAGAGCUGGUUGAAGAUGGAAAUGGCAACUUACUAAAGACAAUGGAAGUCUGGAUGUCGCCCGCUGGAUACAUAAUCACAUACCCCAUAUCCAACGCCAAAGACUUCAACCUCGUACUUAGCCAUUUUCGUGAAUCRCUGGCCGACACUGUGAAAGAAGUCAGCGUGGAAGAGGUCCGCAAUGAAUACAAGGAUUUCGACCCACGAAUCCGCAGAAUUAUCGACAAGAUCAAGCCUCCCAUAUCCCGCUGGCCGCUACUUUUGACGGGGCCGCUGGAAUCUUGGUCUAAUCCGGAGAAGAACAUUGUUCUUAUGGGUGAUGCCGCACACUCCAUGACAAAUCACAUGGCUCAAGGUGCAGCAACAAGUAUGGAAGAUGGCGCUUUCCUCGCACGCUGUAUUGGAGCUGUCAUCGAUGGUCGUUUGAACAUUGCAGACGCUGUUGGCGUGUAUGAGAAAGGGCGGAUGCCAAAGGCCAGCUAUAAACAGCAAGUCUCCUAUCUUAAUGGAUGGCUUUGGCAUCUGCCAGAUGGACCAGCUGCAGAUGCAAGGGAUAAAACGAUGCGUCGCGAGCUGCAGGGUGAGGUCCCGAUCAAGAGCGCGAACCUCUACGGCGACCCAGGAACGGUCAUUGAAUGUUACGGAUAUGAUGCAGAAGCUCAUGCAGAUGACGAGAUUGCCACUUGGAUAAACGGAGGCAAGCCCUUGAGGGAUACUGCGACAUCUGUGACCUGGAAAGAGGCGAACAAGAUUGCUGACUGGUUUUUACCAACUGAGCACAAGUUCAAACUUAAGCUUUAG